AUGUCUGCGCAUGCCCGAGCCAUCGGUGCCGUCAAUACCCUCAUCCCAAUUCGCAAUCUUGAUGACAUGGAUGACAUUCGCCUUCAAGAAUCUUCAAUAUUUCUCCAGAAGAGCCGUGCCGGCCCUAUCAAGGGCCUCCACGGUGAUAAUACUGAUUGGAUCGGAAUUUGCAAUUGCAUUCGCCGCGGUUUGUCUCCGGCAAAUGCGAUUCGCUCUUCAUCUACGGGCCUUGUCAUUGGAUCUGGUGGGAUGGCCCGCGCUGCAAUCUACUCCAUGAUUCAUCUUGGCGUGCAAAAUAUUUUUGUCUACAACCGUACACUCGCCAAUGCGGAGAGACUGGCCCAUCACUACAACCGACAAGAUCUCCACUCAAAGGAGGCCGGCGGGUCCGGCCGUCCCACGGUUCGCAUUAUUGCUUCCCUAUUCGACCCUUGGCCUGCAGACUUCAAACAGCCGACGAUUGUUGUCUCGGGAAUUCCGGCCCAUAGCAUUGGCGGCGAGCUAGCGCCCAACUUCCGUAUUCCAGCAGAAUGGCUAGAAAGCCCUACAGGGGGUGUUGUUAUUGAUUUGGCAUACAAGCCCCUCAAUACCCCUCUCAUGAAACAAACACGAGCUCUAUCCCAUCGUGGUUGGGUAGCCCUGGAUGGCCUUGAUGUUCUGCCAGAGCAAGGGUUUGCUCAGUUUGAACUGUUCACUGGCCGCCGCGCUCCCCGGCGCGUCAUGCGGAGCAUUGUGCUUCAAGAGUAUAAAGACGAUGAAGGAAAUAAUGAUCAUGAAACCAUACAAGACAGGUUACAGCAAAUGGACGGACAGCCGACUUGA